UUCUCCUGACAAUCUUGUUUUUGUUAUUGAAUACAUCGAACAUUUACGGGAUAAAAUGACUCGUAACGAGUGUAUUUAUUGUGAAAAAACAUUUGCUGAUCGAAUUACUUUAAUGGAUCAUAUGCGUAAAAAGAACCACAAAGAAGUUAAUCCAAAAAAUAAUUAUUAUGAUAAGGAUACAAUGCCUUCAUUUAUGGACUCUGAUGAAGAAGAAGAGGAUUCUUGGGAAGAAUUUGAACAAGAUAAUACUGAUGAAGACUUACUUGGUUUAUGUCUAUUUUGUGACCAUGCAAAUAUAGAGUUGGAUGAAAUUGUGGAGCACAUGAAAGAUGACCAUAAAUUUGACAUUUUUGCUUAUAUCGACGAACAAAAGAUGGAAUUAUAUGAUCGAAUGAAAUUUGUCAAUUUUAUUAGAAAACAGACCUACAAUACUCGUUCACCAACAAAGGAAUUAAAAGUUGCUGAAAUUCCUGAUCGUGAAGAAUGGGACAAAGAUGAGCAUUUGGUCCCAAUGUUUGGAAAUGACCAUCUCCUCUGGAUGUUAGAAAGUUGGUUUUUUGCAAAAGAAAAUGAAGGUGUUAAUGAAAAGUCAGCUAAGGAAUGUAAUGGUAAUGAAUUAUUGGAAGGAGGAAAAAGUGGAUGUAAAAUUCAAUUAAAUACUCUUGUAGAAGAGUCCAAAAAGAAUGCUGUCUCUGGGGUAAUUGCUGAGGAUUUGCCAGAUUUAAGUGAAAGUAUUCUUGCCAACCCAGAGUUGCAGGAUUCAUUGCGUUAA